GCCGGUGGAUACGACCUCUCCGUGGAGAGUAGGUUGAGGUGGAGUGGAUUCACGGUAGUUGCCGUGUUGGAAAGGUGAGGCGAGCGCCUUGUGUCUUCCUCUCGACCCCCGGACAUGAAGAUGGUGCAUGGAUAGAAAUAAUUAUCAUUUUUGAUGAACAGUAAUCCAAAAUGUGCUUUGAUGAACAAUGGAUAUCCCCGAGUACUUAGAUUUGGAUGCAAUAGAUUUUAGCGAUGAUACGUUUGGCAGUUCUGCAGCAAAAGCCCUUCCUGAGCUGUACAAAAGAUCUGAUUUGCAAAAUGAAGAUCGAAUAGUUUCUAGUUCCAAUUGGCCUUCGGGAAGUACAACGUCAGCUAGCAGUGGAAUAAAACCUAAAGGCACUGCAGAUGUGUACAGUAAAUUCAGACCUGUGAAACGAGUUUCACCUCUCAAGCAUCAACCGGAGAAACCUGAAAAUGACAAACAAACUGAAGAACAUGAACUUAAGAGUCACUACAAAAAACAAGAGGAUGCUGAAAAUCCAAAUCUCUUCAAUACCUUUUGCCACAGCAAUGGGCAGUGCUUUAGGAUCAAAGAUGCUCAGAGCAAUACUUUGCUUGAUGAACUUGAACACUAUGAUUUGGAUAUGGAUGAAAUUUUAGAUGUGCCUUACAUCAAAUUAAGCCACUUUCCUUCCCAGAAAUGUAGUCCUUUCAAAAAGGCUGCCACGGAGGUUCACACAGGCAUGGGCAUGAGAGAUGAUGGCAACAGGAUCUGCUCAACAAUGAAGGCUGAGCAACCUUCAAGCAACUCAACACAGUUCUGUAUUUUGUCACCAGUAAAUAGCUUAGAGUUGAGGAAAGCAAAAACAAUUGCCAUAAACCAACAAGGGCAAGCAACUGGAAAUUUAGAGAGUUCUCAUUCGUUGAAUAACUGUGAAGCUGAAGUACAGAGUAAAAACUUGGUCAGCCGGGCUCCAAGUUUGUUUGUUGAUCCACAUGGACAUAAAGUUGGCAGUGCGUUACCAAACUCUCAACCAAGGACACUGCCUUUGCAGUCCUCAAAGGGGAGCAAACUGGAAGAAGGAAACAGUAAUAAAAAUGGCAUUACAAUGGCAGGGUCUGGAGAGAAGAACGAGGAAGCAAAAAAUGUUAAAAGUAUUUUAAAUAUUGUCAGAGAAGGACAGAUUUCACUUUUGCCACACUUAACUGUUGACAACCUGGAGAAGAUUCAUGAUGAACAUGGGAAUAAUCUACUGCACAUUGCAUCCUCGCAAGGUCACCUUGAAAGUUUGCAGCAUCUGACUACUUUAAUGGCAGAGGAGUGCUUGACGGAACGUAAUAAUGAGAAAUUAACACCAUCUUCAUUAGCUGUGAAGGAAGGAAAGCUUGAAUGCCUUCGCUGGCUGAUGAGUGAGACUGAAGCCAUUGCUGAGCUGAGUCCUUCAGAUGGGUACCCUGCCCUUAUACAUUAUGCAGCAUGCUAUGGUCAGGAAAAGGUUCUUCUGUGGCUUCUACAAUAUAUGCAAGAACAAGGAAUAUCUUUGGAUGAGGUUGAUCAGUAUGGAAACACGGCAGCUCAUGUUGCAACACAGCACGGUCAUCUGAGUUGCCUUCAGACUUUAGUUGAAUAUGGAGCAAAUGUGACUAUACAGAAUCAAGAUGGAGAGAAGCCUUCACAGAGUGCAGAACGUCACGGGCACACUACUUGCUCACGUUACCUGGUAGUUGUUGAGACCUGCAUGUCUCUAGCGUCACAAGUGGUGAAGUUAACAAAGCAACUAAAAGAGCAAACAGUGGAGCGGGUCAGUUUGCAAAACCAGCUGCACUAUUUCCUUCAAGACCAGGCAAAGGAAACAUCAGAACUUCAACCUCCCAGUUCAUCUAUACCAUCUGAAAACAGUAAGAAGAAAAAUAAUCUGUCGGGUGAUCAAAAGGUGACUGCUCUAAGUGCAAAAGGGAAUGCGACUGUUUCCAACCCUGAUUCAAAACCAAAGACUACCACGAUAGCAAUGCUAAAACAAAAAGGUGAAGAAGCAGACAAAAUUAUCCGUCAACUUUUGGGAGAAGAGAUUUGUGGAAAUGUGUGCACACAAGAAAAACUUUCUUUGGAAUUUCAAGAUGGGCAGGAGGCAAGUGUUGUGACAGGUUCUGCAAGAAAAGCCUUGAGAGACAAAAGGGAACAUAAACUGACCAGACUCAGAUAUUCUCAGAGAUCCUCUAGUGAGUCAGACACUGAUACCCAUAUCAGUGAAGAUCAGAAGAAUUCUCACAUUAAAAGAGAUAACAAGCCACGCCCACGACCCCUUGUUCAAAAAGAGGAAUGCACUGCAAAAGUACAGUUCAUGAUUAAAAAACACACUUCAGCAAUAGGCAGAAUGUUCCCUUUUGUCCCUAAAGCUUCUGCUGCAUCAGAGGACCAACUUCAUUCUCCUGUUGCUGAAAGCAAUGAUAAAUUUCCAGACUGUCUGCUUUGUACUGAUAAUGGUGACAUUGGUACCAUACAAAAAGUGACAAAUAGUCCUAAAAGCGCUCUUAAAUCACCAGCUUCAAAAAGCAGAACUUCUCAGAACUUAAAGCUGAGAGUCACCUUUGAGGAGCCUGUUGUGGAAAUUGAGCAAACAGUUGGUGAGUCAGAUAAUAGGAAGGAUACAGAAAAUGAAAAAACAUUGCCAAUGUCUCCAACUAGUUUAGAAGUCAAUGAGCCAUUGAACAAAUAUGUUGGACAUUUUCGUUCACCAGUAGAACCUAUAAACACUAAUCAGAACAACAAUAAUGCACAUCCUGUCAAUCUAAAUGUAGAUUAUAAUCCCAAUUUACCACUGAACUCUGCAGGGAGGAAAGCUGGAUGUUCAAAACCAAGUAAUUCAACACCCACAAAAGUUAAUACUAAGACAGUGAAUGUGGUGAAGUCUACAAAAUAACCCAUUCUUUAAAAAUUUACCACAAACUAUAAAGCCAAACUAACCUUUUUUUAAAAAAAAAUCAAAAUAGAGUUAAAUUUUAUUUUGGAUACAUUUGUAUAGAAGAAACUAAGCUGAGCAAAUCUAAAAAUACGUUGACCUUUUCUACAUUUUAUAAAGAUACUAAUGUAAAAUAAAAAUAUAUAGGUAAUAGUUCCAAAGUUUCUAGCAAAUAUGCUGUAAUUGUUUCUACAUAAUAAACUUUCAGUAUUUUAUAAUAUAAAUUGUAUAGAGUAGGGAAGUAAAAGAUGAAUAGUGUUAAAAUUGGUGUUCUGCACAAAAUUAGUUGCUACUACUAAAAACAAACAAAUUACAAAAGUAUAUUGAAUUACUUUGUCCAAUAUACCAAUAUUUUUCUCCCUCUCCUGCUGGCACUGACAUCUUGACCAAGUAAUGAUUCUUUGUGUCAUCCUACAGGAUGGUUUCAAACUACAGAGGGCAUCACACUGACUGUUUAACCAUAUCCUUUGCUGAGUAUCACUGAAGCAUUGGAACACGAUCAUUUUGUUCCCUCCCAAACCUCUAACAUGGUGAUCCUAAGGACAGGUAUCAAGUCACAAUUGCAUACUGACCAAAAUUAAUGCACUUGGCACAGACCAAGAAUUAAAAUUAUGGUUGCAUGGUCUGUGUGGGUCAGCUAUUUAGUGCUUUAGUCUGCUGAACUAUGACCAGAAUUCAGAAAAAGAAAAUGUUUGGAUGCUGUUAGACGGUGAAUUGAAUGAUCACUAUUCUUCUCACUUUUGGAGCUUGAUUGAAUUCCAUUUUCUUGUCACAAAAAAUGAUAUAACAAACAAUUUUAUUCUUUUUGUCAGGCAUGUUUUCAGUAAAAUGUUUCUAGCAUUCAGUACAAAAGGACAUAAAUUUCCAUUGAAAAGAAGUCAAAUGCAGUUUCUGUUUGAGUUAGGGCAUAAGGCGUACUUAAGAUAUAGGAGCAGAAUUAGGCAAUUUGGCUCAUUAGUCUGCUUCCAGUUGAUUUGUUAUCCCCUCAACCUCCUUCUCCUCCUUUCCCCCCAUAACCUCUGAGACCCUUACUAUCAACCUCCAAUAUUCUAGGAGAUUAGCUUUGUAAAUCUAAUGGUUCAUUCACUGAAUAAAAUAAUUGACUUUUCCCUAGCAGUCAUAUCCUUAUAUGAUAAGAGUACAAAAUUAUUGUUACAGUCUUCUGUAAAUGAACUUGAUUGUAUUGUAACACAAUUCGGCACCUGAAAAUUAAUGUUAACUUGUAUAGUCUCUUCUGUUCAUGCAAGCCUUACCAUAUCUAUGGCUAUUCAUUAUCCAUGACAUGAAUCUACCAUGGAGUGGAUAUUUCCUUGCACCAGAAUUGCUGUUCAGCUGCCCCAGUUGACACUGUUACAGCAUGGCUCUAGGAGCAGUUUUUCAUUGGAGAUCCAGCUCCCAGUAUCUCAGUGUGGCUUUGUGCAACAUGGGGGCUGCACUCAGCAAACUAUUUUGUGAGAGGUACUUGUGUAACUAUUAACUCCUCGGUGUUACUGAUUGAGAUAACUGAGUUGUCUCAGUCUGUCAGUAAUAUUUUGGAUGGGUUUCCAAAAAAUGUAUACACUAAACACAUGCACAGUAAAUAUCAAUGAAAAUGAUAAAAUUCACUUAAGUAAUUGGAAGUUUUGGUCCCCAGUUCAUUUCUUUAUUUCAUUUGAAUGGGAACUGAUGAACUUUAGUUCAGUGCAAAUUCCUUAGGGAAUCUUCCCUACUUUGGGAGCUGGAAAUUUUGACAUUCACACUUUCCCAUUAGACUCUGAGGUGUCAGAAAGUGCACCACAGGCAGGACUGAAGAUGCCAGCAUAAUCCCAUGCCAGUACUGAAAACUUACUUUUAAGAGCAAAGAUAAGUAAUGAAGCAAAAAUAUAUCCAAGCAGACCCAGAAUCAAAUCCAGUUACAUUCUCCAUGCUGUUAUGAAUUCCAGCUGUAUGCAUCCUGUACUACAACAAAUCUCUGUUCUGUUGAUCUACAUUAGUUCACUAUAUUUCACAACGCUAACGCUUAUUACUUUAUUCUAAUAUUUUAACUCUGUCUAGCCUGAUGUCAUGAUUCAACAUCCCUGAGCAGUAAUAUUUUGCUACUCAAACAACUAGGUUCCUUUAGGUACUAAAUGGAUUCUUCACUCUCUUCACUGGAAUUCCACUUUAAAGGUCUCAUCACGCAGCCUCUUUCCCUGACAAUAUCCCUACCCCAAUCCAAUUUUUAUUUACAAAGCUUCUCAAAUGUACUUUUAUAUCUAGCUUAAGGAGAUAUGAGCCCACUCCUUACCGACCUUCCCCAUUUCUUUGAUCUGGAAUGAAGUCAGCCCUGCAAAUAUCUUUUUCUUUGGCUCAAUUACAUUUUUUUCUACUAAGCAUUGGAAAUAUUUGGGAACUUCUUUAUGUUAAAGAUGCUAUAAUUCAAACUUGUAUACACAGUUUUAUUUUUUUAUUUGUGAAUUUAUAAAUUACAAACAUGGAAUGUCAACAAUUUAUAAAUUACAAUCACUGUAAACUUCAUGAACCAUAAAGUACUUUAUAAAAUUAUUCUACCAAAAGAUGUUUUGAAGCUGAUUUACAGUUACGCAGAAGUUUGUUUUCUUUGGAUUAAUUAUUUAAUGCAAAAACAACAAUCAAAUGUUAAUCAUAUUGUCAAUAUACUUCAUUUUACUGGAAAAUUGAUGUGUUUGGGGCAACAUUGUCACGUUUGAAAUUUAAUUUCCUUAUUUGAUUGUAAUAUGAGUUGAAUCCUGUUAAAACUUUGAUUUGCACAUUUUUUAUUUUCUGUAGACUUCAUUGGCACUCUAUUUGUAUAAAUAAAAUUGUAACAGUUCAAAAUAUUGGGUAUGACCUAUUAAAGCAGUUUCUGUAGAAGUUACCAUACCGGAUAGCAGACUCAUUUGGAGGAAUGUUUGUCAUCUGGAAUACAUUUAGUAAUCAGAACCCUUCUUUUGUUUUUAAAACUAUUGUGCCACUAUUCAGAUAAACCUAUUAAUAUGUAUGAGUUCUUUUACUUACUCCCUUUUGAGAUUGUUGAUUGAACCCAAACAGUUAAAGGGAAAAAUACUGUCUCUCUGACCUUGUAUUCGGCAUUCACGUCGAAUUGGGUUGCAAGAGAGAAAACUGCAAUGCAAGGUCAUUGAAAUGCUUUCAUGUAAUGGCCAACAUGUUAUAGUUCGGGUGAUAAUAUAUCCAGGGAUGAAGCACUCAACUUAAACUGAUCUAUUCAGUCAACACAGU